CAAUCUUAUCUUGUAGCGAGAUCUCGUCUUCAUCGGCCAUCUCGUGACGUCCUCUCGAUAGAGAACAACAGGGAGGAGGACAACAGGGGCAGGAGCAGUAGCAACGGUAUGUACAUCGCUAUACUCGCUAACGCCAUGGUCACCAGCGACUGAUACAGCGACAGGCGGACACAGGCUCAAGCAAGGCUUUUGUAGUCGAACCGACACAUACAGGCGUCGGUGCUCGCGUCUCGUGGUUGCUAGCUUGCCUGACGGGUGGUUGGCUGCUCGAACGGUGCUUCUUGUGUGAUUGUUAGCGUGACCGUCGGCGUAGCCGCUCGUGUUUUGUGAUUCGUUGUGCAGUGCGCGAACAAGAGAGGCACACGGACUACCCGUUUAGCCACUCCUCCACCCAUCGCAAAUCUCUCUACUUGGUGGGGUUGUCGUUCAUCCUUGAAGAUCUAGAUGCGUACCAAGAACACGCCUUUUACUAAUAACUAGCCACGGUCCGAUAUUUACUUGCAGAAUAAUUGUUGAACCGAGAGAAUUUCUUGCGUCUCAGAGUAUCACGCGGCUACUUAUUGAAGUUUGCCUUGUCGACGUCAUCCAGCUGCGAGUGCAGAGUGAAGAUAAUUUGUCCGCUGUACGAUUUCGACGUUGGACGUACUGUGAGGGGUGACUAACUCAGAAAUCUGGCUUUUUAUUAUUUUAUGCACUAUCUACUAGGAUCGAUAUCGUCAAAAUAAAGAGAGAACUUGUGACAAAGAUGACUUGCGACCCUUCAAUUGAAACAAUGCUGAUGCGCGAUUUUGAAGAGGAUGACGAGCUACGUCAUUACUGCGGUGUGUUUGCUGCCAUUGGAAGUGGAGAAUGGCCCUCACAGAUCGACAUUGCGCAUUCGAUUUGUCUCGGACUUGUGGCUCUACAACACCGGGGCCAAGAAAGCGCUGGCAUUGUCACCAGUAAAGGAGGUAACGUGAAAACUUUCGCGGUGCAUAGAGGCAUGGGGCUAGUUAGUAAUGUUUUCAAUGAAGCCUCUAUGCAAAAACUAAAUGGAAAUCUCGGAGUAGGACAUACCAGGUACUCUACUGUUGGGGGUUCCGAGCACGAGAAUGCACAGCCAUUCGUCGUGCAUACAAAUCAUGGACUUUUGGCAAUUGCACAUAAUGGGGAACUUGUUAAUGCUCUCAAACUUCGGAAAAGGAUUUUAAAUGCGGGUAUCGGGUUAACAACUGGCUCAGACUCUGAGCUUAUUAUGCAGAUCCUUUCCCAACCGCCGCCGGACACGUCGGAAAAAAAUGGUGCAGAUUGGCCAGCGCGUAUUCGCAAUCUUAUGUCACUUACGCCGACAGCUUACUCUCUAGUUAUGAUGCAUGAUGAUAUGAUUUACGCUGUGAGGGAUCCGUUUGGCAAUCGGCCAUUGUCCAUUGGAAUGGUGUUACCCCCUGGAGGACCCAGAGAUCCCGAGCAUCCUGAAGAGUCUGCCGAAGGUUGGCUGGUAUCAUCAGAAUCCUGCGCAUUCAAAUCAGUCGGCGCUACCCUCUAUCGAGAGGUGCUUCCCGGCGAAAUUGUUGCCCUGACCCGAGGAGGUCCUGUCAGCUGCUGCAUCGUACCACGGCCAUUCCCGGUUGAUCCGGCAUUCUGCAUAUUUGAGUACGUGUACUUUGCAAGGCCCGACUCCAUUUUUGAAGGCCAGAUGGUCUAUGAUGUUCGCAUGGAGUGUGGUCGUCAGCUGGCACAAGAAGCAUUUGUCGAUGCUGACAUCGUAUCAACUGUGCCUGAAUCCGCCACGCCAUCCGCCCUCGGUUUCUCACAGAGUACAGGCAUCCCGUACGCAGAAGUACUCUGCAAAAAUCGUUACGUAGGACGUACGUUCAUCCAGCCAUCAACAAGGCUUCGAAAACUCGGUGUCGCAAAAAAGUUCGGUCCCCUCUCAACUAACUUCGUUGGUAAACGCAUCAUUCUCAUUGAUGACUCGAUCGUACGGGGUACCACUAUCGGCCAGAUCGUCAAAUUGCUCAAGGAGGCCGGAGCUCAAGAGGUUCACAUCCGAAUUGCGUCCCCACCUCUACACUACCCGUGCUAUAUGGGCAUUAAUAUCCCGACAUCUGACGAGCUCAUUGCUAACAAGUUGAAUCCAUCACAGCUAGCAGAGGGACUGGGUGCCGAGAGCCUUAUCCAUUUGUCGGUCGAAGGACUUGAGACAGCCGUGCGAAAAAGCAUUGACCGUACUAAAGUCAAGGACGUUGGCCACUGCACAGCCUGUCUGACGGGAAAAUACCCUGUCAGCAUUGAUUUCUAGGAAUUUUUUCAACAAAAGUCUUUUUUCUAUUGUCUUUCUACAUAGAACUAAAAUAUGGCGAAUUGCGCAUCACCUAAGCAACUAAUAUAAAGCGACCUCGCUAACAUUUGCCACUCAAACGUCGCGCGCAAGCUGGUACCGUCGCUCUAUCACACACAAUAUCAAUGCGGCACAUCACACAUAUAUACAUGUAGAUAAAAGAUGGAUAAACGUGUGCAUGACGGACAAACGUACCGAAACAUACGCUUGGGAGCGUGCAUGCACACACACACACGCACACAGUCACGAAUAAACAGUUACACAUUGUUCUUAACGCUUAGUGAAUCGAAUAAAACAACGGCAGUACCUAAAUUCCCACCAGCGUCAACAAAUCGUUCGUGACCAUUUUGAUGCCAACCGAAGUGAUCGAUCGCAGCAACAGGCAGCCGAGGACAUUGUUCCGUUCAGCUACGUACACGUACCGUAGAGACGGCCAUAUGCACGAAUGACUAUAUCGCAAUAGACAAAAUAACUAUCUCAUUUUAGUUACAAUCGUAUUAAUAUCAACAAAUAGAAGAUAUUGAUAUGAAUAAUAAUUAUUAUAAUUAAGAGAUAGUAUAAUAGGCGACACCUUCUGAGUGGAAUAGGCGUUGUAUAUGGGAAAUUCUUUAAGCUGAUAUGAUACUUGGUCCGAGGGGCUCUAUUAGAUAUAUUUAACGACUCGGCCAUAAUAUGUUAUACAAUAUACAUCUAUAAAUACAAUAGUAUCACUAUUUAGCAAGUGAAUCCAAAUGUUAGUUUCUUAUAAUAGAGAACUUGCUAAGUCUCCAGACAAAAACAAAUCGGAACCUAAGAAUGAAAGGGUUGACCCAAUGCACGCGACUGGUUUAACAGUUAGAAAAAAAAUAGGGGGGAUAUUUUUUUCACAAACCUCUCUUUCUGUUCUUCUGUCCCAUAGAAGCGAGGUCGUUUCGCUGCUAUUACUAUUAUAUUAUUGAAUAAGAUAUGUUCCCAAGUAUUAAUGGAUACAUUUACGAGAGAAUAUAGGCUUGUUCAUUUUUACUACGAUUGAUACGUCUGAAAGAUAUUGCAAAGAUAAGCAUGCGUCUAUGGUGAAAAAAGCAAGCUGACCAUACAAUCAUACAUUGUUGACGGGCUAUCGCUGGCGCGGCAGUGAAUUUUGCCGUGGCUUUUUCUAGCGUUUGUUGAUAUGCAUGGAUCACGCAAUGCACGAGCAGAGCAUGCGCGUUCUUCUCUUGCGUGUACACAGAUAUUCAACGACAACAACAACAGCACAAGCACGUAUCUGAUGAAAGCGCACUUGUUUGUUCGGAUAGGACUACCUCCCCUGAUUCAGCCACAACCGCGUACGAAUCAUUAUUGGCGUAUAAUUCUUAUUACAGAAACUGUGUGUCAGGCGGGCUUCACAAAAGCCGAAUGCGGAAAAAAUCAUUUCUCUCAUAGAAAAAGUAACUUGCAUUUAAGAUUAAGCAAACGGAACGAAACGUCGCGGCGAAACGUCGAUUGGGUUUCUGGCAACGAGUUAAUGUGAUCGAUCCAAAUGAAAGCACAUAUUAGGUCCACGGACCUGCCAGUUGCAGGACGAUUUGCCAUACAUUUUGCCUUCAUUGCGAGACACAUGAUCGUUUGAAAUUAAUCCAGUACGUUUUUUUCCCAACGUCCUCUUGCUUGCUGCCGCACAGUAUGUACAUAAUUAUCAUAUUUAGACACGUUUACACAUGUUGUGAUUGCAGUGCCUUCACUGUAAAAUCGCGAUUGAAAACGCGAACGGGUUUCUUGGCAUACUGAGAAAGUUGAAAUCAAUUUUAUAUAUAGCCCACACUAAGUAGCAUCGAAGUCUAGGGUUUUGCGUUUUUCUCAUGCAAAGUUAGCCUGGGUUCAAUUCAACGCGUUACUUUCUGUAACAGUACUCUGUUCUCAUUUAAGGUCUUUUGCCACCCGUCCCCCUUUUGCCCUCUAUGACAGUUACGAUGUCAUCGUCAAAGUUUGCAGGGCUAUUCUCUUCAUAGGAGAUAUCGAAGCUUUUCACACAACUCGAGUUAAUUCCAAGCAAUUCCUUCACUAGCGGACGGAUUAUCUGUGGCAGGAUACAUCGAAUUGGGAGGGUAACAUUCUCCGUCAGUUUAUCGUUGUUAUAUGACGACGCGCGAUAGCCAUUCGAGAAGAAUGUUGUUGUUGUCAUAGUCGGCGUCUGAAUCGCUACUAUGCGUCUAGCAGACAUUGCGCAAAUUCAACGGGAUAGGUUUAUGAGAGACUAGGUUUAGUCUUUCCUUAGGCUGUUAACGUGUGUUCUUCCUAUCGUUUUACGUUGAUCCGACGACUCCGCCAAGCGCAACUUGUAAUCGUAGUAGAAUUGUUGGAUAGAACUCCAAUUGGGCGAUGGUAGUGCGUAGCCGUUAUGGACACAUUAGUGGUGGUAAAAACAAUCGUUAUAUUUUUCCAAGUUGUCACACGCGCCUGCUUUCCUACUCCCAAAAGGCAUGGUGCCUAUCGGCUGCUAUGAUAUGGACUCCGUUUUACAAUAGAAAGUUAGGACAAAAUGAUUUAGGUCUUCGUCGAAUCUCUGAUUCGUCGAGCAGACGAAAAUUUCUGAUAGUGGUGUCUUUUCCUGCCUUUCUACACACCGCGUAAAACGGGUCGAAGUAAGCGGCAUAUGCGUACAGCUGUUGUUGAUCGUGCCUGCGCGCACGAUUAUGCUAGGUGUGCUAAGUUUGAACGUCGGAAAUUUUUUGCUCAUAUAGCCCGCUUGCAUUUAGCAUACGGUUUCCAUGACUCUUAUGUUUUGUGCUUAAAUCGUAUCGUGGCAAUUCUGUGUACAUUGUUUUCCCGCUACGUACAGAGAUGUUCUCAUGAUAAUUAGUACUAUUGUAGUCCGUAGCAUCUUUUGUAGAAAAAUGAUGAAUCGAUGACCCAAAGAGGAAGAUUUACUAGAGUAUUUUCAAAGAUGAUAUCGCCGCCUUUAGCAAAUGCACGAAGAUAUGUAGAGAAUCAAUUCGAAUUUAUGUACCGAAAUGAUAGAGCAUAUGCUGAAUUGUGUACAACCAAUGAGCUCCUCUUCAAAGCGGAUCUGCAACGUGCAAAAGGAGCGGUGUUAUUUUGGAACGAUUUUUCCUUGUGGGCUUUACGUCCCUACUCGCUCCCUUUAAUUCCGAAAAAGUAGGGCGUGCUGUGUCCUGUGUUGUUGUUGUUGUUGUUGUUGCUUGCGUCGCUCGUGGCUUACUAGGCCAGAGUCGGACCACGCAUGGCAAUGCAGAGCUUCUCUCAAGAAAUAAGCAGUUGUGGAGUAGCUCGCUUAACCGAGUGGUAGCAUAUAUGAUAGCAGAUACUCCUUCGGAUUAGAUAAGUUAUUCGCAGGGCGCUUGUCAGACCGAUAAAACUACUUGGUGAUUGAUCUACGAUUACUACGUAACUAAGUAAAAGCUUAGCUAAAUAAAAGUACUUAAUUACACGAGUCGAGUAAAACAAAUAAAUGUAGGUACGCACUGAUAAGAGCAGCUGUUAAAAAGCUUGAGUAAAAAGCGUACUUCAUUUGACUUGGACCUGUUAUUCUAUGAGCCACACGUAGCAAGGCUAAUUUCGUUACCUGAACAGAGGUUGGCCUUUUUGAUUCAUUACACUUGUAGUUCAACAGGGCAAAGGCGGUUCCUCUUGCAACUAUAAUAUAAUAUGUAACCUUAGAAAAAUGUAAAAAAAGCUGCAUACAGCACGACACUAUGGGCAGUGAUAUAAAUGGUCUGUUUAUCUAUCUACAGUUUCUUUGUUGUAAAAAAAAGUCGAUUAGUCCAGUUCUACAUCAACUAGUAUUUGGUCAUCGGUUUCUCAGCAUCGAGAGCACGAACCUUGAAUGCAUAGCGGUCCUUUAUGCUGAAACGAAUUUAUUGCAGUGUCUAUUUUUACUGGUAUUUAAUGGUAACAUUGCUAGUUGAAGAUACUAAUAUUCGUCCUUUGAACCAUUGUUUAGCCACCAUUUGUUUUGGUCCUGCUCCUUAGCUUUUACCUUCGAUAGCUUUCGGCGUGUUGGGGGCGAACAGAGGCAACAAACACAAUAAUCGUAACGCGAAUCGAAUUCAACAAACAUUUUGCCCCCGCUGUUCAAGAUCGCAUCGUAAAUAUAUAUGAACAAACAUUGCGCGAGAUCACUGUGUCUAUUUACAACCACUAAACGUAGUGUGUUUAAGUCGUUAUCCCAACUAUCGAUCGAUUUGUUUGUUCGCCGUUAGAGCUGGCUAAAAAACUGAUUACGACAGUAUACAUACACGUGCAAGAUAGAUAUUUAUCUUCAAACAAGGGUUUUUAUAAAUGCUUAAUGCCUCUUUGGGACCAGCAGGCCAAGUAGAAAAUCGAGCGGUACCUCGGUGAAAAGUACGACCCCGCUACAGCUAUGAGCAUAUCGGUAGAGUCGGCCAGCGUUUGCGAUAGGUUAAGACUACCUAAUUUGCGAAGUCGUUUCUAAAACAAGCAUCCCAAACGCUAACAGUGGUCAGGUUUGAUAAAUUAGAAUGGUGUUAAACGAACGACUCAUUUCGACUCGGAGUUUCUGGCAUGAAGUGAAGAUGGCUCAAGGUGAUCGAUGUCAGGAGACUUCAUCAGGCGGGGCUCAGUCUGAAGGAGGUCGUCGUUAGUCUUACCGUACGAACAAAUGUUCCUGGCACAUGAAAAACUGUGCAGCUAAUAUUGAAAUGUUUCCACAUCGCCCUUCACAAAUAUCCAUCGUAACAUCUACAACUCAGAAGGAUACUAGUCUCGAGCACAGGAUGCUAACUCGCUUAUUCCGGCGGCCACUCUUAUUCGCUGGGAUCUGUAAUAGGGAAGACAGGAAAAAUCAAGAUACAUACGUGCGGUCAAACAGGGUAGGCGGUACAGUAUUUUAGCAAAGAUAUUGAAAAUAGCUAAACUACCUUAGUUACUGUUAAACGGCUAUGCUGACAUAUCUAGAAAAUCGAUGCCUUUGACGGUUUUAAAUCGCAUAGCGCGUUUCAGCGAGGCGGUAAUAUAUGACGUUAUAGGUAUUUUCGUAUUAGGAACAUCUGGGGUUGGUCGUCGUUCGUUCCUGGUGAUCAUCUGAAGCGUGAUUUGCUAUCCAAGUUGAAAUCUCCGGUUCUAGACAAGUACGGUUAAAAAAACUGACCAGUGACAACGCUUACUGUACAUUCAACCUAGUUUUAUAUAGGUACCGGUAGGCAACUUGUCGAA